GCUCCUACAUUCAUUGCCUCGAGUCAAAAUGAUGUCAUCAAUGCUUAAGUUCAUCUCUAGGGACAUAUUGGAGGCGAUCUUCAUCUUCUACUUCUUCCCGGAAACCAAUCACAGGACGCUGGAAGAGCUCGAGGAGGUGUUCUCUGCACCGAACCCCGUCAAGAAGAGUUUGGAGCCCCGAACGGCAUCAACUGUGUUGGAGACCAUGAAGGUUCCCAAUGAGAAGUUUGUAGAGGCUUAAAUGAUUUCCCGAUCUUGGAAUGAGUAAUUAAAGACUUAGUCGAGUGAUACUCGUCAUAGCUCCUGAAUCAAAUCGAUG